GCAAGAGAAUCUCUGCUGAACGUGUGCAUGGAUGCCAAGCACCAUAAAGUGGAGCCUGGGCCAGAAGACGACUUGCAUAACCAGUGCUCCCCGUGGAAGAACAAUUCGUGCUGCACGGCCAACACCAGCCAGGCUGCUCACGAUGAACAGUCCUACCUGUACAACUUCAGCUGGAACCACUGCGGCAUCAUGUCGGAUAAAUGCAGAAAGCACUUCGUCCAGGACAACUGCUUGUACGAAUGCUCACCAAACCUGGGGCCGUGGAUUAACCUGGCAGACAACUCCUGGCGCCGGGAGAGGAUUCUGAAUGUGCCGCUCUGCAAGGAGGACUGUGACCAGUGGUGGGAGGACUGCAAAGACCAGAUGACCUGCAAGGAGAACUGGCAUAAAGGAUGGAACUGGACCUCAGGAACAAACCGGUGCCCACGUGGGAGUAUGUGCCAGACCUGGCAUCUGGUCUUCCCUCAACCAAAAGACAUGUGCGAGAAGAUCUGGAGCUACUCCUACAGGUACACCACCUUCCAGAAGAGCAGUGGGCAGUGCAUCCAGAUGUGGUUCGACCCCAAGGAUGGCAACCCCAAUGAAGCAGUGGCCAAGUACUACUCCGGAGCAGGGAGGGGCCUGGCUGCCUGCCUCCCCCUGGCUCUGCUCUUUCCCAUGCUCCUUGCCCUGCAGUGA